AUGAGAGCCGCGGUGGUGCUGAUAUUUGCAAUGGUACUGAUUGCAAUGGGUUGCAGCAGUAUCCACACAGCUGAAGCUUCUAAUUACGAAGAACCCAAAAUCAAAACCAUGCAUGUAGGUGGCAAGGUACUAUGCCAAGAUUGCACCCAAGGUUGGAACGAAUGGGUUCACGGUGCCAGACCCAUCAAAGGUGGGAAGGUGUCAGUAACAUGCAUGGACGAUAGGAGCAGGGUUGUUUUCUACGGAAGUGAUUUGACGGACGAGAAAGGCCAAUUCGACCUAAUCAUGAACAAGUACACGAUCAACGGCAAAGAAGUGAAAGCCAAUCGAUGCUCAGUGAGGUUGGUAUCUUGCCCAGAUGCCACGUGUAACGUUCCUACUAAUUUCGGCGGAGGCCGAUCAGGGGUGAAGCUGAACCGGCCGAGUUUUGUGUACAGAGAUUUGGUAAAGUAUACUCUUGGUCCAUUCUAUUACACCAGUCUUAUGUGUGAGAAAUCCGACACUACUCAUCUUGAUCAGUCUAAUAAUGGUCGUGGAAAUGGGCGCAACUAUUAAUUAAUAUCACAAAUACGUUUGUUUUUUUACUACUGUUUUUUUCUUUUUUUCUUAUGUAACUUUUCCCCAUGGUUUUGUUUCAACAAUUGUAAUUGGAUGAAAUCAAAUAUUUCUUAAGAGAGAUGAUUUUCACACAUUAUUUUUUACUUUAUUUACAUUCAUGUUAAUUUUUUAUCACUUUUAUUACGUGUUGAUAUACUAAAUCCAAAGCCCAUAAAUAAACUAGAGAAAAUACAUUGUGAGAACUAUUUUCCUUCUUAAGCACUUGGUCAACCUGAUAACUAGUUGAGCCUAACCACAUUGACUCAAAUUCAUUUUAAGUUGGAUUGUGGGACUAUUUCGAAAUUCC